UAGCACAAUUUACCGUCAAACAUCACCUAUGAAGGCUAAAUCAAAAACUGCACAAGCGGAAAUGUUCCAGCAGCAACGGGAUCAAAAUUGGGGAGAAAUUAACAUCUGCAGCCAAGAUGACAGGUUUCUCUGACAUUAGCAUGUAGGGAAUGUAGUAGUAUAUGUGAUCUAAACACUGCUGUAGCGUGUCUGGAGCAGAUGACCAUAUAUAUAGAAAACGUGUAAAAAAAAAUGUCAUUGUCAUUUACCUCAUUAUUUGACCAUGUUUAAUAUAAACAUCUGACAUUGCAACAUUAUAUAUUUGACAGAAAUUACAAAAAAAAGCCUUAUACAGUAGGUCACAUUUAACAUUAAAAAACUCUGACAUUAGGGAUAUUACUUCCGACCAGAGUGUUUUAACAGCUGGAUAAUCCCAAAGCAGAUGGAAUAAUGAAUUUUGUUUGCCACAAAUGUGCCAGCAUCAAUCUUGAUGGUGUUUGUCAUCCAUCUGUCUGACUGAUGUAGACUUAUCACUCUAGGUCUAAGUCAAAACCCUUCUUGUCUUUUCAUGCAGCUUUUUAUAUUUCACAAUGUGACCAUCACAGUCCCGGAGAACUUCACCCAGUGCACCACCCAUGGAAGCUUUGUCCAGCACUGGCAGGAGACCCUCUACAACAUGUUCACCUUUGUGUGCCUCUUUCUCCUGCCUUUGGUCAUCAUGAUCUUCUGUUACACACGAAUCCUCAUUGAGAUAUCCAGCCGCAGUAACUUGCUGUCGAGAGAUGUUCAUCUACGCCGCUCCCACAACAACAUCCCUAAAGCUCGGAUGAGGACUCUUAAGAUGAGCAUCGUCAUUGUGAUGUCAUUCAUUGUUUGCUGGACCCCAUACUACCUGCUAGGCCUGUGGUACUGGUUGUUUCCUGAAAAAAUGGAGGAGACGGUCUCUCAUUCACUGACACAUAUGCUUUUUAUCUUUGGCCUCUUCAGCGCUUGUCUAGACCCCAUCACCUAUGGUCUCUUCACCAUUCAUCUUCACCAGGGUCUUAAGAGUUUCUGUCCGACUUCAAGCACACAGACUGAAUUAGAAAACACAACUUUCCUUUUACAUAUGUCUCGUCGGUUAUCCCACAGGCGGAUUGCAUCAAGUGACCACCAUACAGACACUAAGGAAGGAAACGACAACAACAGCUCAAAAAGUGGCUCAAGGGCAAUCAUGCCAGUAAGCGAGAUGUAACGGCCGCCUUGGCCAGGACCUCUGGACAUGGGGCGUACUCUCCACCAGGUGAGCCACCGAGGCGUCCCCUAUUUUUUUAAUUUUAAGGGAACUUUUGAUUUACCUGAGAAGGAUCUUUUAGAUCCAAAGGUUGUCUUGAAAAGAGAAAAAGAGAAAAAAAACUAUUUGUUUGGAGCCUAACAGUGUGCAGACCUCCGUUGUGGCCAGCAGUUAAAGGAAUAUGCCACCGUUAGUUGAAAUAGAGCUUAUCACGGUCUCCCCUAGCUGUAGAUAGGUGGGCCAACGCAUUUUUUGUCUCAGUGUAUGCAUUGUUUUAGUCUGGUUAGAUUAGCGUAGUGAAUGGAAACCUGUGUUGCCAGUUAGCAUGUUAUGGGUCAAAGUGUGCCAACAAAAAAACAACAACAACCUAAUUACUUGUUGUGACCUGGGUACAAACCCACAAAUGCAGAUUACAAUAACACUGCAGAUUAAGACUAGACGAUUUCCUAGGCAGAUAUUGAUUUGGGACUAUAUUGGGUGGAAGCAUAGCCAAAGCACUGCUACAUGGCGCAGAGAUGUCACAAUCAUAAAUGGACAAAAAUGACUUGCACCCGUUUGUUCUAGCACCACUCUUUAUAACAGUAGGUUUAAAAAGAAAAAACUUUGAAUCACACGCACGCACACACGCACACACACACACACACACCAGAGAUGGGAAGUAACGAAGUACAAACACUUUGUUACAAAUACUUGAGAAAGUCGUAUAACUUAUGUUGUUGGUUCAUUUAAGCCUGUUGUUGUAUUGGUCUAGCUCUGGCACAUUUAGAGUAAGUUAGCUAGUGAUGUUGUUUGUGUUCUUCACCUGUUAGGUAGAUUGCCCCUGGCUGUUUAUUUGAUAUAAUGGUGAUUGUUGAACGCCCUUGCUCACGUUUGUAUUUUAGGUGCAAUAUUUACAUGCCACAGUUACACUGCAUUAAGAUAAUGUAAUUUAUAAUAUUUUAAUUUUUUGCUAGCAUAUAUAUACAAUUCCAAUGCAUUGUAUAUGGUAGCCUUUACAAUGUUAUUUAUUUCUUUGCGAAACCACACACACACACACACACGCACACACGCACACACACACACAC